GCUGGCUCUGCCAGUGAACAGUGGAACAAGAUGUUAAUAGCACAGCUGAGUUCCCACUUACUGAAGGCUUCGAGAAUUGCAGGCCACCUGCUGCCCAGGUCAGUGUCCUCCUUCCUGUGCUGUCGCUCCCUGUCUGCACGCUAUAGCACUCAGCCCCCAAACACCAGUGGGACUCACCCUCAGCACUGGCACACUCUGGACCCUGAACUGGAGGAGAUCCUGGUUCCCAGGAAGCUCUCCAUCAGCCCCCUGGAGAGCUGGCUGACAGUGAGGUACUCCCUGCCCAGAGCAGAAGGUGCUGAGGAGGAGGAGAAGGAAGGCCAUGAGCCCUCGCAGCAAUAUGAGUGUCCCUCACUGGCUGGGGGAGAGGCUGUGGGAGAAGGAGGAGGAGCAGUGGGCAACCCUGUGCAGUGCAAGAAUGUCCUGAAGAUUCGCAGGAGGAAGAUGAAUCGGCACAAGUACAAGAAGCUGCUCAAGAGGAGGAAGUUCAUCCGGAGGAGGAUAAAGGAGGGACGCAAGAAGAGGCGUCAGGUAAAGUUUGAGAAGGAUUUGGAGCGCAUCUGGAAAAGAGCUGGUUUGAAGAACCCUCCUGCAGGCUGGCAGACCCCCAAGAUAUUCCUGAAAAGCUCCAGGAGAUAA